AAUGACUCCAUUAUGCUAUUCUGAAUCCCUAACUCUUAAAAAUUCACUUCAUCUACACGCAACUUGAGGAAUGAAGCAGUUUGUGUGGAGGUAGUUUAAAUGUUGACAUCUCGCACAGGGAUGUGCUCAACGAAAAUAGAAACCUUUGCUUCUCUGCCAGCUAAGACAUCACAUGUUUGGUUUUUCUAUGCUAGGAUGCACGCUAAUCUAUCCAAAGGCUUUGGAAUUAUGGGACCAAAGGACUUUUUCCCUCUGCUGGACUUUGCCUUUAUGCCCAAAAACGCCCUGUCUCCCAGUCUGCAGGAGCAGCUUAGACUGCUGUACCCGAGGUUGAAGGUGCUGGCUUUUGGAGCUAAACCUGAAUCUACCUUGCACACAUACUUCCCAUCCUUCCUGUCCAGAGCAACCCAUAACUGCCCUGAUGACAUGAAGAAAGAGCUCCUGAACAGUUUGACUGAGUGUUUGACUCGGGAUCCUCACAGUUUUAGUGUUUGGAGGCAGUUGUACACCAAACACCUUUCACAAUCAAGUCUUCUACUGAAUCAUCUUUUGGACUCAUGGAAUUGUCAAUCAGGAAAGGUUUGCAGAUCUCUGCCAGAAACGGUGCAGUCUUUCAAAGUUACUAAUGAUGAAAUGAGUACAUCUGCUGCCAGCUCACAGGAGGUUAAAGCCUGCAACGAUGUCUGCAAUCAACUCCAGGUAAAGAUGAAAGGACAAGGCUUCCCGUGGUCUCGUCUGGUGUUGGUAGCACUAGUGUUUGCUGCUGGAUUUGUCAUGUAUGACAUCCGAGCAAAUGGAUCCUUUAAAGCCUCAUCUGUUGCACAUGUCCUUCACCAGUCUGGAAUGAUGUCCGUCUCACAACAGGCUUGGAAUAAAAUGUCUGUUUAUUCUUACAAAGGUUACAGUUGGAUAGAAACUAAUGCACCAUAUUACUACUCUGAGAUGGUAAAUAAAAUGGGACCUGUUUUGGAAAUGGCUUUAGAAAAGACAACCCUGGCAGUGGGAUACCUUGGAGAAAAGUAUUCAUGGGUCAAAGACAACACACCCAGGCUUAUUGAAUGGCUCCACUCCAGUAUCCCAGAUGGUGUGGUCCAGUUGAUUGAAUAUCUGAAGGAAUUGCUUCUAUCUAUUCAUCAGAAUUAUCUACAGCCUGCUGUGGUGUAUGUGAAAACAUUGCUGGAACAAGGGUGGCAGCAGUUUGUAAAUUCUUGCAAAGGAGAAGUAUCUUGGCCCUGUGUGCAGGAUCAUUUGGGAUUCUGGUCUAUGUCCACCUGGACUUACCUUCAAAACACGACCAUUGCUGUUAAAAACUGGGCAUUUUCAGUGCUGUCUAGGCUGUAAGACUUGUUUCACGCUGGGACUAAAUCAGUUUUGUUCUUGUGAUCUAGGACAAUACCACCCGUGCUUUUUAAUGGUGACAUGGAAGAAGGGUUUUACAAAAGAAGCUGGCGCUUAUACAUUUAAAGACUUGUCAAGCUGCAUGAAAUUUUGUAUCAGAUUCCUUUUCUACUUUUGUUUUUGUUCAUUAUGGGGUUUAUAGAUGUACCUUUUUUCCAGGUUUUAUAAAUGUUUCAAACAGUGUUACAUAUUUAUGAUAACUUGCCAAAUGGAAAUACGGUUUAAGAGGUUACCAACAAUUUUGUUCAUUAUAUAUAUAUAUAUAUAUAUAUAUAUAUAUAUAUAUAUAUAUAUAUAUAUAUAUAUAUAUAUAUAUAUAUAUAAAUGUAUAUAUUCCACAAGACAUGGUUUUAAAUUCCAUAAAUUAAACUAGGAUUGUGAGGGCAAAGGUUUACAGCCAACUUUGAUUUAUGCUAGUCUUUCUUUUAUGAAUUGUAACCACUUGCUGAUUUGUAGAGAACAUAAUCUACAAACUCGACAUCACAUUUCUAUUGUGUUGGUUGUAGCUUUGGGACUUGUUGUUUUAUCUAUUGUUUUGGGGUCCUAUGGAGAAUACCAGAUACAUCAUUGUAACAGGACUUGUAAGUAUUAUUUUACUGUAUUUUUCGAACCCUGUUAACACUACUGUGCAAGGGAAGUUUUUUUUGGUUUGUUUCUUUUUUUUAAUGUAAAGUCUGCACACUGUUGCUAAAUGCAAGUUAAAAAAAAAAAAAAAAGGAAGAAAUGCAUGCAUGAAACCUCACUGUAUACAUUGCUUUUCCAUAGUGUUCAAAGAUUAUGGUUAGUUUGAAAGCUUUAAAGGUAAUUUUUAAUACAUACCGUUGUGCGGCAAGGUAUAAGAGUUGUCAUUGCCAACCAAUAGUGCCAAAUUUAUUUUACACAUAUUUGCAUAAAACGUGAAACCUUUCACUGAUUACAUCUGAAUAGUCAACGUGUGCCUUGAUAAGAUUCUACCUUUACCCUACAAAGUGACCACGAAGUUAUCCAUGUUUUUGGCUAUGAUCAUUAACAGUGAUGUCACAUCUGCCUACAGCUCACAACUACUCAUCUGUACUGCGCAAGAUAAUUAAAAUGUGAGAAUUGUGAGCCCAUUGAGAAACAUGCCCAAUGUGCACUUGCAAUUGUUUUAGCUACAUUUUGAAUCUUUACUUCCCUGGUAAUGUUGUGGUAUUGUAAAAAUGCUGACCUUAUAAUAAAUGACCUGAAUGGUUGCUGGCAAACAA